CGAUAUUCUUUCUCUUCUAUCUCACUCAUUUUCUGUUUGUUUCCCGAGAUUCUUCGCGAGCGAAGUCCUGGCGAACCGUCUUUGAAUCGUUGUUCUAGAGAGAAACAGCUUGCGGAGAGAGAGAGAAAGGAAUGCCAAUUGACUACCGCGGCUUAGGGCAGGAAGGAGGAGGAGCUAUAGUCUCUGGAGAGAAGCGCUAGGGUUUUUUUUUUUUUUUUUUUUUUUUUAGAAAGAGAAAAUUUCUUUUUUGGAGCAAACCUGGGGAGCGAAGGCUCUGGCUUGAGUCGGUGCUUCUGUUGCGCUGAUUUGCUGGUGCGGUUCUGGUGCACUGGUAGCUCUGACGGUAUGGAUAUCGAUUCGCCUCCCGAAUCUGCGCCUACUUCUCUCAAGCCUCGUGAUCGAAUCGUUCGGAGGCUUGCAGUAGUAGGAGUCUUUGAGGAAUUACUUGAUCAAAACCAGCGUGGUCUGGUUGCUUUUGUUAAGGAUAAUAAAGCUCGGAUACCGGAGGUGGUGUCGGCUGUCUUGCCAAGUGAUGAAGACGUGGCUGAAUUUAUCAGUGAAGCUAAGCCCGGGUCUCGAAGACAGUCAUUGGCACCGACCAUGAAAAACCGGUUCCGUGAGAGUAUCUCAUGGUUGCAAUGGCUGAUGUUCGAGGGCGAACCAGUCUCUGCCUUGAGGAAGCUUUCAAGAUUGAGUGUCGGGCAGCGCGGUGUGUGCGGGGCUGUUUGGGGUCAGAGUGAUAUUGCAUAUAGGUGUAAAACGUGCGAGCAUGAUCCAACUUGUGCAAUAUGCGUUCCAUGUUUUCAGAACGGGAACCACAACAACCAUGAUUACUCGGUUAUUUAUACGAGUGGCGGUUGCUGCGACUGUGGGGAUGUGACAGCAUGGAAAAAAGAAGGCUUUUGCUCGAAGCAUAAAGGUGCAGAACAGAUACAGCCUCUUCCGGCGGAGUUUGCUGAUUCUGUAGGGCCCGUUCUUGAUGCUCUUUUUAAUAGUUGGAGAAAGAAGCUAUUGCUUGCAGAAACUACCAGUCAGGAAAUCACUAGGACAAGUGAUCGUGUUACAGAGUGUAAGAAGAGUGCAAGUGAGCUUACCUUUGUGAUUGUUGAGAUGCUUUUGGAGUUUUGUAAGCAGAGUGAGAGUUUGCUUAGUUUUAUUUCAAAGAGAGUUUGCUCAUCAUCCGGUUUAUUGGAGAUUCUAGUUAGAGGAGAAGGUUUCCUACACGAGAGUGUUGUGAAAAAGCUGCACGAGUUGCUUUUAAAGUUGCUGGGAGAACCUACUUUUAAGUAUGAAUUUUCUAAAGUAUUUCUAAGUUAUUACCCAACUGUUGUAAGUGAAAUUGUGAAAGAGUGCAACGAUGGUGGUAUGAAAAAACAUCAAUUGCUUUCUAUAUUUUCCGUGCAAAUCUUCACAGUUCCAACUCUAACUCCUCGCCUUGUGAAGGAAAUGAACCUACUGUCUAUGCUGUUGGGAUGUUUAGGAGACAUUUUCUUUUCUUGUGCUAGUGAAGACGGUCGUUUACAGGUUGCUAAGUGGGGGCGUUUGAAUGAGAUCACCCUUCGCGUGGUUGAAGAUAUUCGAUUUGUUAUGAGUCAUGCUGUAGUCCCCAGUUAUGUAACUAAAGACCAGCAAGAUGUCACAAAAACUUGGUUGAGACUCUUGACUUAUGUGCAAGGGAUGAACCCUCAAAAGAGAGAAAUGGGGCUCCAUAUUGAAGAUGAAAAUGAGUAUAUGCAUUUACCGUUUUUGUUGGGUCAUUCUAUUGCCAACAUUCACUCUCUCUUGGUGGAUGGGGCAUUUUCUGUUGCUAAUGAAGAGGCAGAUUAUGAGAUCGUUCUUAAGACAUAUGAGCAAGAUACAGAUGGAGACAACCUAAGACAUUCAAAGGUAGGACGUCUCUCACAGGAAAGUUCUGCAUGCAGUGCAAUUGGCAGGAGUUCAUCUGUGUCAACACCAAAUGCCGAGGAUAAAUUAGAUUAUUUUUCCAAUGCCUUAAUUCCCCCAUCAGUGACAUGCUUGACACAUGAGUGCUUGAGGGCUAUUGAGAAUUGGUUAGCUGUUGAUAAUACAUCCGGGGCUUUACUUGGUGCAUGGUCUCCGAGUACAAGUAACAUCUGUAGUAGCAACUUUUCAGCUUUGAGGAAAACGUUGACCAAGUUUAGAAAAGGCAGAUACAUACUUGGUAAAUUGGCUGGUUUAAGUGAAGACCAAGGCGGGCAAGGUUCUUCACAUGUACAUAGUGGUUUCCGCUUUAGUGUUAACUCGCAGAAUGGGAAAAGUACAGGGCUUGUUAUUGGUGAAAGUGGUUCAGUUAAUGCCCAAACACCUGCAAGCUUUGAUGAUAGUGCAGUCGAAGGACAUGGUGCGAUGGACUUGGAUGCUCUACGUGUUUUAAGUUUGUCAGAUUGGCCAGACAUAGUAUAUGAUGUUAGUUCGCAGGAUAUUUCAGUUCAUAUUCCGUUACAUCGUUUUCUGUCUUUGCUUCUACAGAAAGCAUUGAGAAGAUGUUUUGGUGAAUCUGUAGUACCAAAUAUUGUUACUGCUAGUUCUCCAUUGAUGUUGUCGGCAAUCCACACUGAUUUUUUUGGACAAAUUCUCAAUGGCUGUCACCCUUAUGGGUUUUCUGCAUUUGCUAUGGAGCAUCCUUUAAGGAUUAGGGUAUUUUGUGCUGAGGUUCAUGCUGGAAUGUGGCGGAAGAAUGGGGAUGCUGCUUUGUUAUCUUGUGAGUGGUACCGUUCAGUACGGUGGUCUGAGCAAGGUUUAGAGCAUGAUCUUUUUCUAUUGCAGUGUUGCGCUGCAAUGGCUCCAGCUGAUCCUUACAUUCAUAGAAUUCUCGAACGCUUUGGUCUGUCGAGCUAUCUCUCUUUGAAUCUUGAGUGCUGCAGUGAGUACGAACCUGUAUUAGUGCAAGAAAUGCUUACUCUUAUCAUACACAUAGUUAAGGAGAGACGAUUCUCUGGGUUAACUAAAGCUGAAAGUUUGAAACGAGAAUUGAUUUACAAGUUAGCCAUUGGUGAUUUCACUCAUAGUCAAUUAGUGAAAUCUUUGCCUCAUGAUCUCUCCAAAUUUGAGCAGCUCCAGGAAAUCUUGGAUGCCGUUGCGGUGUAUUCUAAUCCAUCUGGAUUCAAUCAGGGCACCUAUUCACUACGGUGGACAUUUUGGAAUGAGCUAGAUUUGUACCAUCCUCGUUGGAACUCUAGGGAUCUGCAAGUAGCAGAAGAAAGAUAUUUACGGUUUUGCGGUGCUUCAGCAUUAACUAGUCAGUUGCCCAGGUGGAGUAAGGUUUAUCCUCCUCUCAAGAGGAUAGCUAAAGUAGCUACUUGUAGGGCAGUCCUCCAAAUUAUUCGUUCUGUUUUGUUCUAUGCUGUUUUUACCGACAGAACAACUGAAUCACGUGCUCCAGAUAGUGUUCUUUUAGCUUCGUUGCACUUGCUUUCAUUAUCAUUGGACAUAUGUGUUCAACAUAGGGAAUCUAAUGAUCUGUCCUGUUAUGACGGGGAUUCAAUUCCCAUGCUAGCUUUUGCUGGAGAAGAAAUUAAUGAGGGGUUAAAUUAUGGUGCUGGCGAACAAAGUUUGUUGUCACUUCUUGUUUUAUUGAUGAGGAUGCAUAAGAACGAAAAUCCAGAGAACUUCUUGGAUACUGGAAGCUGCAAUCUUUCUUCUUUAAUUGAAAGCUUGUUGAAGAAGUUUGCUGAAAUUGAUCCUGGAUGCAUGGCCAAACUGCAACAACUUGCACCUGAAGUGGUUAGUCAUCUUUCACAAGCCUUUCCCAGUGCCGAUGUAAAUACCUCAAAGUCGGCUUCUGACAGUGAGAAGCGCAAGGCAAAAGCAAGAGAGAGACAGGCUGCAAUAUUAGAAAAAAUGAGAGCUGAGCAAGCUAAAUUUUUGGCUAGCAUUGACUCCACUGUGGAUGAUGGUUCAAAAUCUGAUCAAGAAGCUAGUCACCCUGAUGUUGAAAAUAAACCAGAAGAGUCCACACAAAUUGUUUGCUCACUUUGUCAUGACGCUAAUUCUGAAAGCCCGGUAUCAUUCUUGAUUCUUCUCCAGAAAUCAAGGCUUUUGAGUUUUGUUGAUAGAGAUCCCCCUUCUUGGGAACAUCCCCCUAAAUUAGACGAGAUCGCUAUGGCCAUGAACAAGAGGACUGAGCGACCUGGAGUAGACACAUUUUCAAGUGGUUUUGGACCAAUGCCUUCUUCUGAGUUGGCACAGUUUGUUCAGAAUGCAGCGACAGAAUUUGCCUCUUACGCCCAGCCUAGUGAAAGGGUUAAUUUUCUAGAAUUUCUCAAGGGUCAGUUACCUGAAUUAGGGAUCCAAGUGCCAAGCGUAGCACAUUUGGAGAAGGAGAGGACUGUUCAUCUGUUUGAGACGUCAGAAGAAGAUAUGUACCUCUCUAUUCAAAGAGAAGUGCAAGAGAAUACGGUGUCUUCCAGUUUUGGGAAAGAUGUGAAGCUUUUAACUACUGAGGAGAGUUUAGCGAGAAGGAAACUUGCUGACUCUUUGUUCCUUGGAAAAUAUGUAGCUUCGUUUUGGAGGGGGAUGGAAGAAACUCCAUCAGCUUCUGAUAGUUCCCGUGUAGAUAGGGGGGUAAAAGAGUCUAUGCAGCUUCCAGCAUAUGAUGGAUUUGGCCCAACGGAUUGUGAUGGAAUUUUUCUUUCUUCUUGUGGACAUGCUGUGCAUCAAGGAUGUCUUGAUCGGUAUUUACAUUCUCUAAAAGAAAGAUUUGUCAGAAGAAUUGUGUUUGAAGGAGGACAUAUUGUAGAUCCAGAUCAGGGGGAAUUCCUUUGUCCAGUAUGUCGUAGGCUUGCAAAUUCUAUUUUGCCUGCAUUACCUGGUGAAUCCCAGAAGAUUUUAAAGCAGCCUCAUGACUCAAGUGCUCGUUUACCACAUGCUCCUGGUCCUUCGUACAAAUCAAGUGAAGAAAUUAAUUUGCUUCAUCUUCACCAAGGCUUGGCUCUUUUACAGUCUGCAGCCAAUGUGGCUUCUAGUGUUGAAAGCCUUAAUAAAUGCUUCCCCCAUCAAAAUUAUCAAAGAAUAAUAGGUCCAAAUCUGCAACCUGUGUCCCGUGUGCUCUCCAAAAUGUAUUUUUCAAGUAGACAAGACAAGUUCUUAAGGUCUUUGAGGGUCAGCCCCCCAUUGCUUAUGUGGGACGUGCUCAAGUAUUCCCUCCAAUCAAUGGAAAUUGCCGCCCGAUGUGGAAGAACACAUACGACUCCUACAUAUUGCCUUGAUGCCUUAUACAAGGAACUCGAGUCCUCGAGUGGAUUUAUGUUGUCCUUGUUGCUGAAAGUUGUACAAAGCACACGGCGUGAGAAUUCUGUUCUUGUGCUUCAAAGAUUUGGAGGUAUUCAAAGCUUUGCAUACUCCAUUUGCCCUGCUGGUUCUGUGGAUCAUAAUGGCAACGCAUGUGGACCAGGUAAUUGGCUACGUUUCUUGAACAAUAUUGAUAAGGAUGUAUCCUAUCCUGAUAUUCAAUUCUGGAAUAGAGCUUCUGAGCCUAUCCUUGCCCGUGAUCCUUUUUCAUCCUUGAUGUGGACCCUCUUUUGUCUUCCAUACCCAUUUUUAUCAUGUCAGGACUCCCUGUUACAUCUCAUACAUGUCUUCUAUGCUGUCUCUGUAGUUCAGGCUACAAUCACGUACUUUGGGAAACAUCAAGGCAAUAUAAGUGAGUUUGAUGGUCAUGAUUGCUUGACUACUGACAUAUUAAAACUCAUGAAAGAAUCUAGAUUUGCUCAGCAAUACUUUGUUUCAAACUAUUCUGGUCCGUCUGGUGAUAUUAAGAGUGUGAUUCGGAGAUUGACUUUCCCUUAUUUACGGAGGUGUGCAUUGCUUUGGAAACUACUGACCUCCUCUGCCCGAGCACCAUUCUAUGAUAGGGAUAACGCGUUGGAUAGAACUCAAUCAAUCAGUGACUUGAUAGAUAGCACUGACAGUGGAUGGAUGGAGCUCAAUGAAGUUGAAAGGCUGGAGAACAUGUUCAAGAUACCCCCUGUAGAAUUUAUGCUUAAGGAUGAACUGCUUCACUCUCUUUCAUCACAAUGGUUGAAACACUUUAGCAAGGAGUUUGAAGUCCAAAGAUUUCGAAGAAAUAUACAUUGCAACCCUGUAGUACCAUUCCAGUUGAUGCAUUUGCCACGCAUAUACCAGGAUCUAUUGCAGAGGUGUAUAAAGCAGUCUUGUCCUGACUGCAACAAAGUUCUUGAUGAGCCUGCCUUAUGCCUGCUUUGUGGUAGAUUAUGCUCUCCAAACUGGAAGUCCUGUUGCAGGGAAAGUGGAUGUCAGACUCAUGCUAUGGCCUGCGGUGCUGGUACUGGAAUAUUCCUGUUGAUUAAGAAAACAACAAUUCUACUGCAGAGGUCAGCUCGCCAGGCUCCGUGGCCAUCACUCUACUUGGAUGCUUUUGGUGAAGAGGACAUCGAGAUGCAUAGAGGGAAGCCUUUGUACCUGAAUGAAGAACGUUAUGCUGCUUUAACAUAUAUGGUGGCUUCUCAUGGCCUUGAUCGAAGUUCCAGGGUUCUUGGGCAAACUACUAUUGGUUCUUUCUUCAUGGUUUAGUUUAGCCUUCCUGCAAAUUGAUUGAGAUUUUGGAUUACAAAUGAUUAUUUGCAAGUUGAACAUGGUAAAAAAAAAAUUCCGUGUUUUCCUCCGUCAUACAGGGAUCUUGGUUCUAUGUUUGACUUGUAAUAUGGCGUGUACAGCUCCUUGAGAUAUCUUGGCGUUCCUCCAACAAGUUGAAAAUUGCUUCCGUUUGGCAGUUUAGGCUGUGUUGCAAGUUAUUCAUUGUACUUAUGCUUGUACAUUCCUCAUACCUGAAAGUUUUGCUUCCUGCUUCCCCUCUCAGAGGAUUUGGUCAACGAAUGUAUAUAAAUAUGUUUAUAGACCAUACAAGUGGUGAAUUAUAUAGUUAAGUUUUUAAUACAAUAAUGUGGUUUUUUUUUUAAUGAUUCAUU